AGUCUACUCUCUCUUCUUCCUCUCCUCUCUUCUGCAACAAGAAGACACCACCACCGGUAAAAGCUCUGGACUUAUCGGAUUCAUCAAAGAAAGAGAAACAACAAACCCGAGCUCCUGCCCUCCCCUGCUUGAUUUGGGGUCGUCGAUCAGAUCAUGGCGUUGCGACUCUCUGUGGUGGCAGUGCUACUCCUGUUAUCGGCGGCUAGUACUACUACUACGACAACAGCAGCUCCUGCUCAAGCCCUGACUGGCUGCUCAGACAAGUGCGGCAAUCUCACAAUUCCAUAUCCAUUUGGCAUGAAGACGGAUUGUUUACUUAGAAAAGAAUUCUUUAUCAAUUGCAGCCAUACCACCCAACCACCAACAGCAUAUUUGAUGUACAGUGAUCUCAUUGUUACUAACAUUUACCUUGAUGAAGGUGAGUUGCAAAUAUUGAACGAUGUAGGGCGAGCUUGUUACGAUGAAGAGGGCGGCUAUCAAACUGACAGAAGCAUAAAACCUCAGCUCUUGUUGCAACCUCCAUACACCAUAUCCAAUACCAAAAACAAGUUCUACGCCGUUGGAUGUGACACUUCCGCAAUUGUUAACGCCUUCCGAGGGAAAGAAGAGUUCAUUACUGGGUGCAUGUCCAUAUGCAACAGUCUUGGCAGUGUGGAAAAAUCUUGCUCUGGAGUUGGGUGUUGCCAGAUUAACAUCCCCAGCGGGCUGUACAAUCUGACGGUGGAAUUAAAUAGCUUCAAAAAUCAUACGCGUAUAUGGAACUUUAAUCCCUGCAGCUACGGCUUCAUUGCAGAGGAAGGCCUGUUCAAUUUCUCCCCUUCGAGUUUUGAAGACCUGAACUACAGUGCAUUGCUUCCAAUGGUUGCUAAUUGGGCAAUUGGGAAUGAAAUAGAUACCUGUGAGACAGCUCAAAAAAGGUUGGAUUACGCAUGCAAUGCUAAUAGCAACUGCGUCAACAGGCCUAUCGAUGGGUCUGUAGGUUACUUGUGCCAGUGCUUGCCUGGUUACGAAGGAAACCCCUACCAUCCAGACGGUUGCCAAGGUGAUCUUUAA